AUGUACAUGCAGUACACACCGCCCCCUCAUCCAGCCCGCAUGAAUAACUCGUCUCGGAAGAAUACAAAUAUGAACUUCUUCACAUGCGUCACGACACACGACCGACAAAUGAUUGCGUACGCCAGAGAUGACGACGAAGUGUCGCGGCUGGCAUAUCAAGUGCGGCAUUCGUGGACGAGAUGGUGGACGACGGGAUGGGAUCUUCGCGUGUUCGAAACGAUGGUCGAUUCAACGAUAGCCAAUUUCACAAAAAUGAUACGUUUUGUAUCAUUU